UAUACCAUAUGCGCUGCCGUUGAACCUUGCUUCACACAGCUGUACGUUGCUCUGAUCCAAGGAUUAUCGUCGACCAGAGAGAGGAGAGCCGACCAUGGCGCGCCGCUCCUCCAACACUUGGUCUUCUUCUCCGGCGCUCCUAGUCGUCGUCCUUGCUGCCUUGCUCAUCUGCUGCCCCAUGCCAUGCUCGGCGGGCAUCCGAAGUGGUGUGUACUACCGUUAUGGGCCUCCGUCGCCGCAGGGCGGCCGGCCGGUCCACGCGGGGUGCCCAUGGUGCGGCCCCGCCGCUCCUCAGCCGCCAACGCCGGUGGUGGCAACCGCGCAAGACCGAGCCGCGGCCGCGGAUCAGCAAACCAAACGUGAAAAGACGACGCUGCCUGCUGUGGCGCUGAGGAACUGAAGAAAUAAGCUCGCCGUCAAAUGUUAUCUAGCAUUGACGCUACAUGUAAUAUGUUUUGCCGUUUUGGGCAUUAUCUUAUUUUCUUACGCAAGAAAGUUGCAUGUGACGCUCAGCAAGAAGAUAGUCCAUGCCUCCAUGCCUUGCUAUGGAAGUUUUUACAGCAUGUAUGAGGUUAUAGGUGACAUAAAUAAGGAUCUACUAUAAAAAUGAGGCCUGGAAAAAUAUAGUGGACACAAUGUAUCAUGUAAUCAAAUCUUGUCUUAUAUCU